AGAUCCAGGCCUAUUUCGGCUUUGGUCAGAGCUGUGCAGUGUUUAGUUUAGCAUGAGACAGCCAAGGGAAAGCAACCAAGUUUUCACACAUUAAAGGUGCUGAGGGAGACCAAGAACUCCGGGGAUACCAUCAGCCCAGAGGGGGAUAAAGAAGCGCACCACCAUGUUUAAGACCACAUACCGGCACGAGGUGCACAAGGAAAAGUGCGAACGCUCCAAUGUCUGUGAUGAAGACGGAGAGGACUCUGAAAUCUCUGCGGGCAUCUCAGCCAUCCAUGGAUGGGAAAACCUUCAGGAGCUCAACAGCCGCUUUGCCCGCUACAUCAACAGGGCACGAGUCCUGGAACAGCGCAACGCUGUGUUUCGCAAACAGCUGGAGACGCUGCAGAGGAUGGAAGAGGCCAGUGGCCUUGAGGAGGCCUUCACAGAGCAGAUUGAAGUCAACAGGCAGCGCAUUAGAGAGCUGUGCUCUGACCGAGCCAAGCUGGAGCGAGAGCUAAAGGAGUCCUGCCGCAUGCUUGAUGAAUAUACCAUCAAGUAUAAAAAUGAAUGUGAUUAUCAGGAGCAGCUACGCGGCACUCUGGAGAAUUUGAACAAGGAAGCUGACAACGCCCUACUGAGAAACCUGGAGUACCAGAUCCAGUCUCAGUUUCUGCAAGACGACAUCAAUUCAACCAGAGAUAGACAGAAGAAGAACCUUGCAGAGAUCCAGACCUACGUAAAUAUUUUGCAGCAAAUCAACCAGACACUUCCCCUUACUCCCAAUGUGUCAGCUGGCAUCUCUGAGGAGCAGGAAAAGCUGCUGGCCCAGAGGAAGGUGCCAGGUCUGCAGAGUCAGCUGGAAGAAUACAAGAGCGCCCUCUGUCAGCUGCAGGCCCAAAAGCAGCGGCUACAAAAUGAGACUGCAAUGGUGGACCAAGCAAUCAAAAACACACAGGAAAGUUACGAUGACGAGAUUCAAAUGUACAACGAGAAAAUUGAUUCUCUGAGAAAAGAAAUUGAAGAAGCUGAGAAAUCUUUGGAGAAGUUCACCAGUGAAUCCCGCCACCUGGCCAUGUACCAGACAUCCCUUGAAAACGAGCUGGAGCGGUACAAGAGGAUCAUAGAAAAUGAAGAUAGCAGGUUGAAUUCAGCAAUAAUUGGCACCCCCAUCACCCUGUUUACAACUAAUUACCACUACACGCACACUCCCUCUGCAUCAACCAGGGGGAAGGACAUCACUCAGGCCAUUCAAGAUUUUACAAACAUGAAGCCUCGGCAGAAGGUCCACGCCAAGAAGGUGAUGAGGAAAAAAGAACUAUCGCCGAAAGACGUGAUUGACAAUAGCCAGGAGGGGAGAGAUGAAGAGGCUGGUAACGAAGAAACAAGAGGCGUCCCACCCGAGGAAAGGCAGGAGGAGAGGGUAAAGACAAAAGAGCAGAGGCCUGUUCAUACACAAAUGUCGCCUCACGACGUCCCGGAUGGAGCUCAGAUCAGCAAAGCCUUUGACACUCUCUGUAACAUAGUCAGAGACAGAAUGAGGAAGUACCAAAGGCCAGAACCAAUAGCUGAUUUCUACACCAAAGGUCGGUACGUCCUUGUUACAGGUGAUGGCAGCUACCAGCAUCCCCGCUUCUACACAUCAACGCCAUCAGCUGGCCGUAUCUUUGUCACCAUCAGAGAUGGCAUGUUUCCGUAUGAUCCGUAUGGAUACGAUACUCCUACUCCUCCACCACCUCAACCCGUCAUAAAGCCUAGACCUCUCAGCCCCACCGCUCCCCUAGAUCCUGGAGAGGGAAUGGACGAUGAAAAGGGUGGAGAUAGUGAAGGGAAAGGCAAAAGUGGGCAGAAACAACCUCCCUCAAAAGAUCCAAACCCCAUCCCUCCACCUUCUGGUCCAAAGUCCCAAGAUCCCACCCCUGCUCCCAAUAAGCCCAAGAAAAUUCAUGAUGAUAACCCAAGUGGGCCAGCUCCAAAAUCUGCCCCUCGAGGUGACAGCACUAGUUCAAGCACCAGUACCAGCACCAGCACCAGCAGCUCCAGCGGCUUCAGCCCAGACACCAUGACCUAUGAGAAGCUGGAGGUGGUGGAGUCUGUGGAGAAGUUUUCAAAUGGCCGCAAAGUUAAAGGUUACGAGGAGACUUCCAUGAUCGUGGAGACCACGAUUGAGAAGUCAAGCAAGAAGAAACACUGACAUACCAUCACAUCCAGAUGAAGCUGAUGUUGGUGUCAAACUGUUGAAAGCUGCUUGUAUCUGAAACACCACCUCUGUAAAGAUACACAAGACAACUCUCGCUCUGACAUUCAAAGCUUUUCCAUCGCUCUGUAUCUGAUCUUACACCCAGAUUAGGUUUUGCUGGCUACCCCAGUUGAGCACUUUACACGCACGUUCAUGCUAUGAGUCCUUUACUGUCUGAAAACUUGGAAGAAGAAAAACACAUUUUUAGUGCCACCAGAAAAAAAGAAGCUAAAAAAAAUUGAAGUUAUGCCACCUUGCUGUACUCUCCUAGAACUCCAACUUUCCCCUUUUUGAGAUCAUUUGUUUUAAUUGGAUGCCUCCGCCUGCCCCCAGCACAAUUUUGCUGUGUAUUAAUUUGCUUUGGAAUAUGAAACAAUAAAAAAGUUCAAACAUCA